AUGCGAGCAGCCAAAGUGAAGGCGGCUGCCGCUGACGAGGCCCUAGCCGCCGAGCUAGCUGAACAGCAGCGACUUGAGGUAAAGGACGCGAAGAUGCUGCAGCUGGUGCGCGACUACCCGGAGGUGCGGUCGCUAGAGAGUCAGCUAAAGGACGCCUAUCUCCGGAAGAGUCGUGCGGAGCAGGUGACGGACCGCAGCGCCGCUAAGGCGCUGGAGGUAGAGGAGCAGCGAAGGUACAUGGAAUACCUUGCCGAGCAGGACCGACUUGCCAAGGCAGAAGAGGAGAAGAAGCACAAGGCAGACAUGGAGCGAUUCCGUCGCCAUCAGGCAGCGCAGCUAGAGAUAAUCCGCCAGCAUCGCUGUGCCGCUAUGGAGGAAGCGAAGCAGCGUGAACAGGAGCGCAUCGCCGUAGAUGCUGUAGUGGCUCGAGUGCAGGAGCAGGACUUUCUCGAAACCCUCGCCCGUCGCGACCGGCAGCGUCGGAUUAUGGAGGAGCAGAAUGAGUUCUGCCGUCUCCGCGCUGCUAUUAAGAAGGCGGAGCAGGAUCGUGAGGCCAAGGAAGAGGCGGCGAUUCGCGCCUACCUCGAUGAGCAGGCACGUAGAAAGGAGAUGGAUGACAAGAUGGCGCGUGAGCGGGACAUUGUCAAGGCCCGUAUUCUGGAAGAGCAAGGCCGUCGCAUUGCCGAGGAGGAGCGCAAGAAGCGUGAGCUGGAGGAGCUGCUUCAGGAGUACUACGAGGAGGAGCGGCUGAUCAAGGAGCAGACGCUGAUCGCGGCAGAGAAGGCGAGUCGCGAUCGCAUGGCAGCCGCGGUGAAUCGCGAAAACGAAAGGCUCAUCGAGCAGCGCCGCCUUGCCAAGGAGGAGCAGUUGGCUGAGGAGAUGCGCUUUCGACAGGAGGCAAUGGAGCAAAUGGCUGUGGAGGCAAAGCUGCAACAGCUCAACCGCCAGAAGCAAGCGGAGAUUAAGCGGCAAAACAUCGCCGAAGCACAGCAGCGUCUAGAGGAGCGCCGACGUCUCAAGGAGCAGGAAAAGGAGCUAGAGCGCAAAGUGGAGGAGCAGGACCGCAAGCAGGAGGAACAGAUCCAGGAGUACAUCCGACGCGCCCGCGCGCAGCUCUUGGAGCAGCACCUUCCCAGGCUAGGCUCGUAUGCCCCUGUGUUCGCCAUGCGGGACGAGGAGAAACUUCAGUACUUGCCUCAGUUAAAGACUGCCAACGCUGCACUACCGACACGCUAA